AUGGAAUACCCGAAAACCGGAAGUCACCGCAGUGUGCUUAGUCCAGAACUCGGCCAGCAAGAUCCUGUACAAUGCACUUCAGAGUACGUCCGUCAACACUCCAGACCAAACAGCAAUGCCGAUCCAUUCCCUGGAACUGAAGAUGUCACCUAUGCCACAGAGCAAUCGUACCGUCCAAAAGAAAGAACUUUGUUUGUGUUCCAGGACCCUAAACACCCGGUGGAGAACCUGCUGAUAGAGGACUGCGUCCAGCCGUGGCUCGCUUGUCCCCGGGACCGCAGCCGGCAGCUCAGGGUGGAGCUGCAGUUGGAGCGGGCCUGCCACAUUGGAUACAUUGACAUAGGGAACAGUGGUUCAGCCUUCCUGCAGAUCGACGUGGGACGAUCCAUCUGGCCUCCAGAUAAAGGGUUCACCACUCUCCUGCCCAUGGCCACGCUGAUGUCACCGGUGGAUUCCAGGGCCAGGAAGAACUACAGAGGGGUCCGGAUGUUUAAGGAGGGAGAUUUCUUACGAGAAGCGGCGGCGGAGCGGUGGGAUCGGCUCCGGAUCACGUGUUCCCAGCCCUUCAACAAGCAGGAGCAGUUCGGCCUGUCCUUCAUCCGUAUCCGAUCCACCCUGAGCGAGGAGGAAGAGGACGGGCGGCCAGCUCCUCAGGGCUCCAGGUCUUCUCCAGUGUCUCCCCUUCACUCCAGAAUAAAAUCCACAGCGGGCACCGAGGACCCAGAGGCCUGGAAUCAUAUUGAGGAGAAACUGAGAGAAAAGCUCCAGAGAAAAGCCCCGGCCUGUAUGAGCCGCUCCGCCCGCAUGCUCCAGCUAUCUGCAGCCAAAUCCCGCAAACGCAGCCGGCCAAUCACAGUGCCUCCGAGCCCGCCCAUCCCCCUGCAUGGUGGAGGCAGUCAGCAAGAAGACAGUCCCGUGUCAUCCGGUUCUUGUCCUGAGACCGUCACAGCAAGACUCCACCCCUCACAGAAGGAAUAUGUGACCCUACAUGACCGUCACAGGCUGAAAAUGGUGGAGGCCCGAAGAAGAAGGAGAGUGCAGACUUGUAACAGCGAGAGACACCUGGGAUCGAGGAAAGAGCGUGACAGUCCCAGCACAGCACAGCGCCCCCCUGAGACCGACACAAACAUCUGUCCAAUCUGUGCAGGUCACUUUCCGGCAGCCCUCCUCCCGCUCCACGCCGCCACCUGCGGAGAAGCCCCAGGGUCACACAGCAUCGUUCUCUCGUCUGAUGAUGAUGACUGGGAUGACGUUGGGCCGCGGCCGGCCGCUCCUCACAGCCCCGUGUCCUGGGUUCAGUGCCCACUUUGUGGCUUCCGUUUCCGGGACAUUGAAAUUGAAGCACACGCCAGCACGUGCGGAGAGUAGAGGAUUAUUAUACCUGAGAUAUGCACUGAGCUGACCUCCUCCAGGACGGGGGUCCACAGACACGAGGCCCGGCAGGGAUGGGGACUGGCUGCACUUUAUUCAUGGAGAGCUCCUGCUGUUGAAGAGACGCUGUCACCAGUCAGUGACUAAUCGCUAUACUGGAGCGGUAUCUUUAUGCACUGGGUGCUGCCAUUAUCAUCCGCCACAUGGCCGGACGUCUUCUCUAGGGCCGUCCCUCCAAGGGUACAGACAGAAAUGGAGCUACGUGGACAAUAUUUUAUUUUCACCCUAUGUAGCUAGGAGGUGGGGGAGAGAGCUGCAGAUGUGUCCCCGAGGGACCCUGCCCUCA